AUGGCUUCACCAGAGUCCAUGCGAUCUAUAGAUAGCCUAUCCACUGAGGAGGUCAUUCAGUUUAUAGUGGGCUUGCACGCCGACUACUUCCGAGUGGAGGGAGAUUAUGCAGCCUUCAUCCAGACACAUCUCAUGUCGCCUCUAACUGGUGCUCAUAGAGGAGAGGAGACGAGUGCUCCUGCUGCGAGAGAGAGGCCUAGAGUGACCCCAGCGAGUAGGGCUCGUGGUAGAGGGGCUUCUCGAGCAAGGCAGAGGACUGAUUGGCCAGAGCUUCCGACUGCACUGACUUGCUGCGGCAGCUGCAGCACCUGUACCGGCAGUACCUCCUCCAACGGCAGGAAGGAAAAAAGACAAGCUCCGGCACACGGCCAAGGCAGAGCUAGGGACAUCCGAGCUGAGAGCGGUCCUUCAAAGUCCAUUCUGAGUGAUGAUGAUGCUAAGGCGAGUGACUCUGAGGAGGCAGCGAGUCAGCAUUUAGAGUCAUCUAAGGGCGGAGAUGGUGAAGCCGGUUCGGGUUCUGAGAGUGGAGGUGACAAUGCCGAGGAGGGCUAUGGAGCAGAGAGUGGAGAUGACGCCUGCUCGGGUUCUGGUUCAGAUUCAGAUAGCGGUGCUAACGGAGACAGUGCCCCUAUAUUUGUAUUCUAA